GGCCGCGCGCAGAGCCGGGAGGAUGCUGCUGUCACUGGUGCUCCACAUGUACUCGCUGCGCUCGGUGCUGCCCGCAGCCGUGAUGCUGGGCACGGCGCCCACCUACGUGCUGGUCUGGGGGGCCUGGCGGCUGCUCUCCGCCUUCCUGCCCUCCCGCUUCUACCAGGCGGUGGACGACCGGCUCUACUGCAUCUACCAGAGCAUGGUGCUCUUCUUCUUCGAGAACUACACCGGCGUGCAGAUACUGCUGUAUGGAGAUUUGCCAAAAAAUAAAGAAAAUGUAAUAUAUUUAGCAAAUCAUCAAAGCACAGUGGACUGGAUCAUCGCCGACAUGCUGGCCGUCCGGCAGGGCGCCCUCGGGCACGUGCGCUACGUGCUGAAGGACGGGUUGAAGUGGCUUCCGCUGUAUGGGUGUUACUUCUCUCAGCAUGGAGGGAUCUACGUCAAGAGGAGCGCCCGGUUUAAGGAGGAGGAAAUUCAGAGGAAGCUGCUGAGCUACGUGAGCGCGGGGACCCCGAUGUACCUUGUGAUUUUCCCGGAGGGGACGCGGUAUAAUCCCGAGCUGACCAAAGUCAUCUCAGCCAGCCAGACCUUUGCUGCUCGAGAAGGCCUGCCCGUGUUGAAACACGUGCUGACACCCAGGGUGAAGGCCACCCACGUCGCCUUCACUUCCAUGAAGAGUUACCUGGAUGCAGUUUACGACGUCACGGUGGCUUUCGAAGGGACCGUAGACGACAAGGGACAGCGGAAGGAAGCACCGUCCAUGGUUGAAUUUCUCUGCAAAGAAUGUCCAAAAAUCCACAUCCACUUUGCUCGCAUAAAUAAAGAAGAUGUCCCGGAGGAAAGAGGGUGCAUGAGGAGGUGGCUUCACGAGCGUUUUGAGAUCAAAGAUAAGCUGCUCAUAGAAUUCUACGACUCCCUGGACCCGGGCCGGAGAAGCCGGUUUCCUGGGAACAGUGUUAAUUCUAAACUCAGCCUCAAGAAGACGCUGCCGUCGCUGCUGAUCCUGAGCGCCCUGACCGCCGGCCUGCUGGUGACCGAGGCCGGCCGGAGGCUCUACCUGAAGACCUGGGUCUACGGCACCGUGGCUGGCUGCCUGUGGGUCAGCAUUAAGGCCUGAGGCGCUCCGGGCAGCGGGCUGUGCUCGCGGAUGGCGAUGGCGCCCGUUCCGCCAGAUUGCCUCCCGAAUUAACGAGAAGUGUAAAUAAAGCCUUGUUGAUUGAA